CGUUUUCUCAAUUCUCUACCGGGUCUGAUAUUCAUUCUGAUCCUGAUAACCUUUGUGGGUGCGUUCCUGUUCCAGAAACUCGAAUCUCCCAAUGAACGGCACUCACGUAUUCACGUUUCGAAGACAAAACAGAAAAUAUUCAUCCUGGCACAACAGUUGGCUCGAAAAGGACCGGAUGCGGACUGGUCAAAACUUGUGGCCCAGGUGGAUCGAUAUCGAGAGAAGUUAUACGAAGCUUGGCAAUCUGGAACGGAUGAACUAACUGUAGAGCAACCGACAAAAUGGACUAUAUGGGGAAGCAUAUACUAUUGUUUCACCUUGUUCACCACAAUAGGUUACGGUGACGUUUUUCCCGCAACACUACUUGGAAAGUUGCUCACUAUCAUCUAUGGAUUAGUGGCCAUACCGAUUUGCAGCUUACUUGUCAGUCGCAUUUCGACCGGUCUGGUUCGCCUCUCCAAGGCCAUCUACCUGAUGACACUCGAUUCGUCUGGUGUGCCGAUGGGACUGCGUGAGGCGUACAGUCGUACCGAUUCCAGUUUCAACUUCCGCGUCUUCCCGUGUCUAGUGUUUUUCACCGUAUACCUCUUGAUUGGAGCAGCUGUUUAUGCCUAUGUGUCCGGGCCCAGAUUAACCAAGUGGAACACAAUCGAUAAAGUUUAUUUCGCUUUCAUCACGAUCACGACCGUGGGUUUCGGUGACUUGGUACCUGGUUCGGAUGCUUUCUUUGCUCUCCUGUCCUUGAUCUAUAUGUUACUCGGUUUGGCACUGACCGGGAUCGUUUUCGGCCGUCUGACUAUGGCAUUUGAUCAAAUCCUAACACGCAUGGCACAACCACCGAUUGAGACAACGGAUGAAACAACCCCGGGCUCGGCACAUCAUACAGUCAGUCAUCACCUGAAGCACUCCUAA